AUGGCCCGUACCAAACAGAGCGACCGCAAGUUCACCGGAGGGAAAGCUCCCCGCAAGCAGUUAGCAACGAAGGUCUUUUGUAAAAGAGCUCUAACCACUGGUAGCGCUAAGAAGCCCAUACGCUACCGACCAGGAACUGUCGCCCGACGGGAAAACCGGAAGACGGGAAAACCGGAAGACGGGAAAACCGGAAGACGGGAAAACCGGAAGACGGGAAAACCGGAAGACGGGAAAACCGGAAGACGGGAAAACCGGAAGACGGGAAAACCGGAAGACGGGAAAACCGGAAGACGGGAAAACCGGAAGACGGGAAAACCGGAAGACGGGAAAACCGGAAGACGGGAAAACCGGAAGACGGGAAAACCGGAAGACGGGAAAACCGGAAGACGGGAAAACCGGAAGACGGGAAAACCGGAAGACGGGAAAACCGGAAGACGGGAAAACCGGAAGACGGGAAAACCGGAAGACGGGAAAACCGGAAGACGGGAAAACCGGAAGACGGGAAAACCGGAAGACGGGAAAACCGGAAGACGGGAAAACCGGAAGACGGGAAAACCGGAAGACGGGAAAACCGGAAGACGGGAAAACCGGAAGACGGGAAAACCGGAAGACGGGAAAACCGGAAGACGGGAAAACCGGAAGACGGGAAAACCGGAAGACGGGAAAACCGGAAGACGGGAAAACCGGAAGACGGGAAAACCGGAAGACGGGAAAACCGGAAGACGGGAAAACCGGAAGACGGGAAAACCGGAAGACGGGAAAACCGGAAGACGGGAAAACCGGAAGACGGGAAAACCGGAAGACGGGAAAACCGGAAGACGGGAAAACCGGAAGACGGGAAAACCGGAAGACUGGAAAACCGGAAGACGGGAAAACCGGAAGACGGGAAAACCGGAAGACGGGAAAACCGGAAGACGGGAAAACCGGAAGACGGGAAAACCGGAAGACGGGAAAACCGGAAGACGGGAAAACCGGAAGACGGGAAAACCGGAAGACGGGAAUACCGGAAGACUGGAAAACCGGAAGACUGGAAAACCGGAAGACUGA